CACUUCUCAACACCACAACAGCCUCGACAACGGCCUCAAUAUGGCUUUAGACUCUCGAUCAGCUUAUUCUUUGAGCGUCCUCGCUGCGCACCCUGACGAAGCCUCCGAGCCGCGCACCGAACUCCAAUCCAAGCUCAGGGAAUUCAUUCUCGCCUUCCAGAUCGAUGGAAUAUACAUCUACCGUGAUCAGGUCCGGGAGAACGUCCUGGUCAAGCAAUACUUCUGCGAUGUCGACUUGAGCCAUCUGAUCUCCUACAACGAAGAGCUCGCCCACCGCUUAACCACCGAUCCCUCCGGCACCAUUCCUUUAUUCGAAGCCGCAUUGAGACAGUGCUCGCAGAGAAUCGUCUUUCCACACACCCCAAACAUUGAUCUCCCUCAACAUCAGCUUCUCCUGCAUUCUUCGGUCGACCAGACAUCCAUUCGUGACCUCAACGCCACUAACGUCUCACACCUCGUCCGCAUCCCUGGUAUCGUCAUUGGCGCAUCCACACUCUCCUCCAAAGCCACACUACUGAACAUUCAGUGCCGAAAUUGCGACCAUGUCCAGACGCUUGGAGUGGAAGGCGGCUUCACAGGCAUCACACUGCCUCGAACAUGUGGAAGAAUAAAAGUCCCGGGCCAAGAGUCCGGAGACCCAUGUCCACUAGACCCCUAUUUUGUCGUCCACGAGAACUCCCAGUUCAUGGACCAGCAGAUCCUAAAGCUGCAAGAAGCUCCUGACCAAGUUCCCGUCGGUGAACUACCACGCCAUAUCCUCGUCUCGGCUGAUCGUUACCUGACGAAUCGAGUCGUCCCCGGCUCGAGGUGUACGGUCAUAGGCGUCUUCUCAAUCUACCAGCAGAACAAAGGUUCCAAGAAAGAAGCAAUAGCGAUUCGAAACCCCUAUCUCCGAGCCGUUGGUAUCUCAACAGAUGUGGACCACUCGGCGAGUGGGGCGUCAUUUUCGGACGAAGAGAUCCAAGAAUUCGAAGAAAUGGCACGAUCACCAGACCUAUAUGAUCGAUUUGCCCGCUGCAUCGCGCCCUCAAUCUACGGGAACGUCGACAUCAAGAAGGCCAUUGCAUGUCUAUUGAUGGGCGGUUCCAAGAAAAUCCUGCCGGACGGCAUGAGACUCCGAGGAGACAUCAACGUCCUCCUUCUCGGUGACCCAGGUACGGCGAAAUCGCAACUUCUGAAAUUCGUGGAGAAGGUUUCUCCAAUCGCAAUCUACACCUCCGGCAAAGGCUCUUCAGCAGCCGGUUUAACUGCCUCCGUACAGCGAGACACGCAGACCCGGGAAUUCUACCUCGAAGGCGGCGCCAUGGUCCUCGCGGACGGCGGCGUGGUCUGUAUCGACGAGUUCGACAAGAUGCGAGACGAAGACCGUGUUGCUAUUCACGAAGCCAUGGAACAACAGACGAUAUCUAUUGCGAAAGCAGGCAUCACAACAAUUCUCAAUGCACGCACAUCAGUCCUGGCCGCUGCAAAUCCCAUCUUCGGCCGCUACGACGAUCUCAAAUCCCCUGGCGAGAACAUCGAUUUCCAAACGACCAUCCUCUCGCGGUUUGACAUGAUUUUCAUCGUACGAGACGACCACGACAGAAAUCGUGACGAGACCAUCGCCAAGCACGUGAUGGGCAUUCAUAUGGGCAAUCAAGGUGUCGAGGAGCAAACCGACGUCGAGAUCCCCGUGGAGAAGAUGAAGAGAUACAUCAGUUUUUGCAAAUCACGCUGCGCACCUCGCCUAUCAGCCGCGGCGGCAGAGAAACUUUCUUCCCACUUCGUCUCGAUCCGCGACCGCGUCGCUCGCGCCGAGAGGAACAGCAACGUGCGCUCUUCCAUCCCCAUCACUGUCCGUCAAUUGGAGGCCAUCAUCCGUAUCACCGAGUCCCUCGCCAAGAUGACAUUGUCUACCAUCGCCGAGGAACACCAUGUCGACGAGGCCAUCCGGCUCUUCCUCGCCAGUACCAUGGACGCCGUGUCGCAGGGUGAAGGCGCAGGUGGGAUGAGCGCGAAUAGAGAACUCAUGGACGAAGUGGGCAAGGUCGAGGAAGAGUUGAGACGGCGCCUGCCCAUCGGUUGGAGCACCAGCCUCGCCACACUGCGAAGGGAGUUCGUUCAGGGGAGAGGGUACAGUGAAGCCGCGCUGGCGCGGGCUUUGCAUGUUCUACAGCGGCGGGAGACAUUUCGACUGAGGAGUGGCGGAAGUCAAGUGUAUAGGAGUGGUGUAUGAUUUUGUCUAGAUAUGGUUGAUGCACUGUUACGAAAGGAGUCCUGUCUGGUAGGCGAGGUGGAUCAUAUCUUUCAGGCGUUAUUGAAGGGUUUACAGUAAUCACGCAUCAUGAUUAGAAGGUCCGCAAGUGCUGAACCUUCCUUGUACAAGGAAAUGAUAUAAUGUC